AUGUGGUUGUCAUGGCAUACUGUUGAAGAGGAGAGACCUAGUAUGUCAUCAGGAGAUUUUCUCCAGCAACCUGCAGUUCAACAUAACCACUCCUACAAAGAAGCACUAUCAAGCAUUGUGAAACUAGUAGAGGAAAAUAUAGAAGGGAUAGAGGGAGGAUCUAUGAGGCAUGAGAAAAUGGAUUGCAAAAACAAACAGAACAUCCCAUUGUUGCUGAACGCCAGCCACCCUGUAUCUAUGGUAACACAAAAUUUUGCUAAUCAAAGUAAAGUGUUUGAGAUUGAGCAUCCUGAAAUGAUAAAACAGGAUUGUAGGACUGUUUUUCCUUUAAAUGACACUAACGUUGACCUAGACCCAGACCAGGACCCUGAUGGUAAUGUCCAAAAUGUUUGUAAAUUACCCUGCCCUCGCUGCAAGAGACGCUUUACAAGUAGACAAGGCCUGGAACGACAUUUAAAAAGACAUGCUUUAGCAACCAGCCACACACAGCAGUUCAAAUGCAGUCGCUGCAGAAGGACCUUCAGUACACAAUUUAGUCGUCGGAGGCAUGAGACAAGACAUGAUAACAGAAAGCCAGAUGAUCAUCCAGGAACCACUUGCACUGCCAGUCAAAAUGAGCCUAGCACUGGAGAACCUCUGAAUGCUUUCAGCCUGUCUAAAGCAGACAAGGCAUCACAAAACCUGGAGCCAAUCAAGUACUUUAAUGCAUCUGAUGGUAAACAGAAAGAUUGCUCUGAUAGAAUCAGUGAUGCCAAAGCCUCACACAUUUGCAAGUACUGCAAAAUAGCAUUCAGAAAUCAUACCAGUAUAAGGAGACAUCAGCGCAGGAUCCAUGAUCACCAACUUCUUCCUAGAGGAGUUUGUAAGAAGGCCACAGUCACACAAACAUCUGAAAGACAGCAGCUUGUUAAGACUGCACAGGACUCUCAGACUGCUAUCCCACAGUGUAUGGAGGACAUCGAUCAGGAAAGUGAGUACAUGGUUGACAUCUCCAGUAACAUUUCAGAGAACCUUAGCUUCUACAUAGAUGGGAAAAUUGUCUCAACCAGUACUGUAAGCAACUGUGAGGUGAUUGAGAUGAAUGAUGCUAUCAUCAGUCCAGCUCAAACUACACAAGCUUUUAAAUUAAAAACCAAUACUUACAAUUUGACCUCUGAUCUGCCUGGGCAAUCCUCCACCAGAUGUAGGACUUCUACCCCACCUUUACUGCCACAAAUAAAAACACAAUUGGAAUCUGAAACCAUCUUAACCACCUGUUCAUCUUCCUUUUCCUCUUUGUCACUGUCCCCUACAUCAGGAACUUCACUGGUCACCGCUUAUCUGCCCCAGUCUAUUGAGGCAGUUGCCUUUCACAGGGAAAAAACAGUCUAUCUGUCUCCCAAACUCAAGCAGCUACUGCAGAAUCAGGUUGGCAGUAAAUUAGCAUUUGCAUUGAUUGCUGAUGGCCAGAAACUUGACUCUUCCUUGUGCCUGACCAUAUUACCUGCAACCACCACAAGGCUUAAAAGAAGAACAACAUCUCCUCCUAGCUCUCUGCAGCAAAGACCCGAUUUGAGUGUUGAAACUGUAAUGCAGGAUGAUGAUUCUGCAACAGCCAAGGUGCCAGAUUUGGAGAGCCACAGGACAUCUCCUGAGUUGAGAUUCUCAGGCAAUGAUGAAAUUGAAUCUUUGAAUCCACUCACCUCUGAGGCAGCUCUGAUGAGGCAACAUAUUUUGUCAUUAGACUGCUCUGUAGUAAGAUCUGGUGGAAACUCCUGUAACCAACAGCCAUUAGACCUCUCCAACCCUGUGGGUAAACAAGAUAGCUGUGAAACUUCAGCAGAAUCUGUUCUGGACUUAAGUAUAGGUGGAAAGUGCUUGGACUGUUACACAUCAGGAGGUUACCUCACUCAUCCUGCUGUUAAGAAGAGUAAACCAAACUCCAGUAUACUUCAGAAGGUUCUUAUGAAUGAGUAUGCUGGAGUAGAUAUUACCUCUGAAGUUCCAGCAGCUGCAGGCAUCGUCAGUGCUCCUGACAUAACAAACCUUUCAAUUGUGUCACUGUCUGAUUCAGGCCCACAAAACCCUGAAAAGGUUUUGUUUGAAUUUUCUGUUUCCCCUGCCUCUAUUCAUCCAAUGACUCCUUUACUCACGCCUGUCAAUAUCAAUCCUGCUGCCCCUAUCCCCCCAUCUCAAGGUUUACCUUUAACUCAAUCUUUUGUGUCCUAUCUAUCCACUACCACAGAGAAGCCCAGUCAAGAAAAUCAAACUCUCCAUUCCACUCUCUUGGUAUCAGACACUGUGCUACCCCCAAGCACUGUAGAGGACUGCAUUGAUAAUCAUGUACAUCCCUCACAGGGUGAUUUGAAGCUGACAGUCCCUGACUGUAUGACCUCAGCUACUGGAAGUAUGGCACACACCCUUUUACCUGCAGCCCCUUCAUUGUGUUUACAAAGCCCUCAUUGGGUUGCAGAUCCCACUUUAUGUGAACUAGCCCAAGAAACAUUGGUUGUAGACUCUGUAUUAUCAUCUGAUGCACAGAUGUUUUCUACCUCUCAUCCUGUUAACCGGUCAAACAUCACAUCAUUGACCUUUCUGCCAAACACAGUUGUUAUUGAAUACACAGUCACUGAAAAUAUUCUCCCAACUCUCCAACCUAAUUCUAUUCAAUGUCUCUCGGACAAAGCUUCUAUAGAUACAACAUUACAAAAACAAUCUCAUGUCCCAGCUCAACUGCAGUCUGUCAGCCCUGAGACCACCCUAAUGCCUGAAACCUCCACACAGUUAUCAAAGUCGUCAGGCUCUACAGAUGAUACACAAACCCUCACUGCUUCCACCAAUGAUGUGAAAGCAGAGAGCGAUGAAGAGGGACAGGAUAACUUGCUAUGCCCUACCAGUGCUAAUGUCCAGAUCUCUGAUUACUCUAAACAUGACAACAAAGUUGAAGAUGAAUCCUCUCCCGUUCAUUCCUUUUGCAAGAACUUCAUGUGUAAUGUUUGUGACGAGCCCUUCAAAUCCAUGAAAAAUCUCAGUCAACAUGUAGGUGAACACUCCAAGGAGUGGCCCUAUAAAUGUGAAUUCUGUGUGCAGUUGUUUGAGAGUGACAUGGGUUUGCUCGAGCACCGCUCCAGUUAUCAUGGCAUUGGUAAAAUCUAUGUCUGUAAAACAUGUUCUAAAAAAUUUGCAUUCCUCUGCAACUUAGAACAGCAUCAGCGAGAUCUCCAUCCUGGUCAAGAGUGCUUUCACACAGAAGUGAUGCAUGGCAAAUUAAGACCUGAAAAUCAUAACAGUCCCAACAUUCUGAUUCAAAAUCUGAUCAAACCAGACCUUCCCAUCACAGAAAAUAAGCAAGAAUCUGACAACACAACCUCAAAAGCAGAGGAUGAUGACAUGGAAAACACUUCUGAAGAACUGUAUACAAAAAUAAAAAUAAUGACAUCUGAAGGGGUCAAACCAAAAGGCCCAGCUGUACGUCUAGGCAUUAACCAACAUUACCCAAGUUUUAAACCACCUCCAUUCCCAUACCAUAAUCGGACACCAACUGAAACAACAGCAGCAUCAGCCACCAACUUUACCACUCACAAUAUCCCUCAAACCUUCAGUACAGCUAUUCGUUGCACCAAGUGUGGUAAGAGCUUUGACAACAUGCCUGAACUGCACAAGCACAUCCUAGCCUGUGCUAAUGCUAAUGACAAAAAGCGCUACACCCCUAAAAAGAACCCUAUACCACUUAAGCAGUUUGCAAAAGCGCAAAACGGGGUGUUAUCGCCUGUGAGAAUUGUUAAUAGUAGGCAGAAUCUCUCUCAAAAGCCUGGACAUCUGAAAAAACUAAACUUUUCUGAAUCACCAGUUAAGAUAAAAAUUAAUAUCAUGAAAAAGAAGAAAGACCUGGGGGUUUGUGCAUGUCCUCACUGUAGCAGGGAGUUCACAUACCAUGCCAGCUUAAAGAAGCAUGUAGCUUUUAGCUGCCCCAUGAGGCCUUCCAGUAGAAAAUCCAAGAACAGAAAACUUGACAUCGUUUUAGCCCAGGAGAACAUCGAGAGCAUUCGCAGACAAAUAAAUAUUAGUGCAAAAUCACAAUACUCAAACCAUGGGCCAAAAACAAUAAAAAAGAGUCGGAUCAACAAGCCAAACACAGAUGCUGCCACUCAGGAUAUUAGGCUGAAAAGAUCUAUCAUUCUGUCAACAUCUGUGGUUCAUUCUAGUAAAAAAGGCAAGCCUAUUUUAAAAGGCAGCUUUAUGUCACAGCUGGCCUCAAAGCAGAUAGUGUUCUCCUCUGUUGCUCAGGUUAAAUCUCUUAGGUUGAGAGAAAGAGGAGGGCCUAUUACUCGCAGUGUGCAGCAGGCCAGAACCACAACAACACCCCUUGUACAGCCAGACAGUCACAACCUAGUCAUGCGUCCUGUUAUUCUUCUAGUCAAGAAAUGAACAAAAAAUUACUACUGAUGUCAACUAUCUGUUUUUUUAAAUGCCUCCUUGGUGCAUUGAUUGUGUAAAUAUGAUUCAUACAGUCAAGUAACUGCAGAUAUUGGAUUACUGUGACCAAAACACUCUUGGUAGCAUGGUGGCUCAGUGGGUAGCAUGUUCUCCCUCUGUUUGCGUGGGUUUCCUCCGGGUGCUCCGGUUUCCCCACAGUCCAAAACAUUCUGGUUUAGUGAAUUGAAGAUUCUAAAUUGUCUUUAGGUGUGAGGUGAGAGUGUGAAAGUCUGUGUGUGUUAGCCCUCUGAUGGACUGACCACUUGUCCAGGGUGUUUACAGCACUACCUGCAACCUUACAUACAGUGCAUCCGGAAAGUAUUCACAGCGCUUCAAUUUUUCCACAUUUUGUUAUGUU